AUGAGCGCUGUCCACAACACAAGAGUGGUUUGUCAUCGAUUCACACUUGUCGUACCUGUGUUAUGGGAUACGAAUGGCGUGAUGGAUGCGAACUGGGGCGUUCGAAAGGCGGUAUGCGAAGUAUUCGUUGAAGUAGCCCGUCAUACCUCACCAAAUAUUCGACGAACACAACUGGCUCAGACUUUUGUGAAACUGCUUCAUGACCCGUCGCGUUGGCUGUGGUACACGGCAUUCCAAGAGCUUGGUCCGUUUAUUGCCACUUUCGCCAACUCAAAGUUGUCUGGAUUGAGAAUAAAGGAUGGACAGGUCUGUGAAUCAGAUGGUCGAAGUGACUUGGAGAGUGUCGUCACAGAUGCGGUGGAUUUUGAAAAGCUUCCAACAGGAUGUUGUAUGCCUGAAAAAGACUCGGAGGAGGACGAUGCGGAAGACAGCGGCCAAGAAUCCGAUCAUAGUGAAGACGCUGAGCAAAUUAUCGAUGGAUUGCAACAUAUGCUGGAUACGUGGACAGCUGGACACAGGAGGAACUCGACGCAUAGUGCUCCGCCCAGUGUCAUGUUAGUCCAA